AUGGAGGACAACAAUAGCGCCUACGCCGCGCCUGAAGAUGGCCAUCUCUCCGACUCAGACCUGGACGACCUUGAGUGGGCAGAGGAAACGCUCAAUGCAAAUCCGCAGUCGCACUCGACCCGAACCGCUGAAAAGCCAAAGCUGAACACCGUUUCCAAGCUCGACGAUGCGACCGACGCCUUGGCCGCGCAUGCCGCAAAAAUACGCCUCGACAAUGUCAAAGAGGGCGGGGACCGGGAGACGGACAAGUCCGAUCGGGCCACGGCCGAGCUGGUGCUCGAUCAGAGGACCCGCAUGAUCCUGCUGCAGAUGAUCAACCGUGGCGUCGUCAGCGAGAUCCACGGCGCCGUCAGUACGGGCAAGGAGGCCAACGUAUACGGCGCCGUGCUGGAGCCCGAGGACGACGGACAGGAACCCAUUCAGCGAGCCAUCAAGAUCUACAAGACCUCGAUUCUCGUGUUCAAGGAUCGCGAACGGUACAUCACUGGGGAGCAUCGCUUCAAGUCGGGGCCGGACAAGAGGAACAAUCGGAAGAUGGUGCAGCUGUGGGCGGAGAAGGAGUAUAGGAAUCUCAAGCGGUUGCACGCCGCAGGAAUCCCUUGCCCGCAGCCGCUUGUGCUCAAGCUGCACGUCCUGGUCAUGGGCUUUUUGGGAGACAAGCGCGGGUAUGCGUACCCGCGUCUGAGGGAUGCGCGUCUGACGGGUGAAGAUGUUGACGAGCAGUGGCGGAGUCUCUACAUCCAGCUACUCGGGAUCAUGCGCCGCCUCUACCAGGUCUGCGGGCUGGUACAUGCUGAUUUGAGCGAGUACAACAUUCUCUACAACGACAAGACAUUGUAUAUUAUCGACGUAUCCCAAUCGGUUGAGCACAACCACCCGCAAGCGCUCAAUUUCCUCAGAAUGGACAUCAAAAAUGUUGGCGAUUUCUUCCGGCGCCAAGGCGUGGACACGCUGCCGGACCGCACCAUCUUUAACUUCAUAACCUCCCCUGAGGGCCCUAAUGAAGAGCCUGCGCUAUCAGAGGCCAUCGAGCACCUCUAUGAGACGCGGCAAGCCGUGGAGGAAACUGACGAGGCGGCGGCGGCGGCCGAAAUCGAUACCGAGGUCUUCCGCAAUCAAUGGAUCCCUCAAACCCUGCAGGAAGUAUACGAUGUUGAGAAAGCAGACCAGCUCAUGGACGCCGAUGUUUACCGGAAUAUGGUUGCCAGGAGUGCGGUGCUUCCUGCUGCCAAGAAGACGACAGACGAUGAGGCAGCUGAUGAGGCCGGUAGCUCCGAUGAUGGGUCUGAAGAAGGCGCCUCCAUAGAUACUGGGAGUGAAGGCACUGGGGACGAAGGCCGGUUUGAGAAGGGGCCUCCACGAGGGAAGAAGCAUAUAGACAAGGAGGAGAAGCGGCAGCACAAACAGGCCGUCAAGGAGGCUAGGAGGGAGAAGAGGAAGGAGAAGAUCCCAAAGGAUGUCAAGAAGAGGCUGGUUGCCGCUACGUCGAGGAAGAAGAAAUAG